UUUUCCCCGUCACCCCAAUACCGUGAUCAGGAGCCUCUCUUCUAUUUGGUGAGGAUCCUCCUUGAUCGUUCAUCAGAGCACCGACGUUGACCAUUGAGUUCUUGCCCCACUCGUUGCUCAUCAGCCAAUAUGAUCUCUAAAGAUAAGCAGCAUAGCUAGCAGCAUAAUAGCAAGAGCGAGACAGAAUCCCAGCGGGACAGCGUCAGUUGUCUGAAGACCCAUUGGUUAAUUUGAUUGCCGCCAAGCCAUCGUCCAAGCCCAUAGCGUUCUCUGCAGCCACCGGUAAUCUCUCGUCGGCCAAGACCUCACCUAGCUACUAGCUAGUUGCCAGACCUAGACUUGCCCUCUUAGUUCUUCAGUCGAUUACUCAGCUACCAAGAGCAAAGAAGGAGAUCUUAUGACUUUCCUCGUCUGCUCUGAAGAAGUGGACGGGGCCACGUUUGGUAUCCUCUUCACAGCAACGCUGCUCUCUUCCUGGGUUGCUGGCAGUACAUAUCAGUGGGUGGUGGAGAAGGGUCUCUUUCGCAAGAACUUUCUUCAAAAGGAAAAUCAGUACAAUGUGCUAGUUGGCAUCAGUGCUCUUACAGCCAAUCUACAAGCCAUCGGCUGUUUCCUCAAUGCUGUGGUGCUGCAAAGUGAUGACAACAAUGACAGCUUUGGCCUCACGACUGCCCUGAGCAUCAACAUGAUCCUCAUGACACACACUUCCUUGAUGCUCAUCUCCCGAAGGGUUUCCCUGACAUAUCCCAAUGCCGAACAAAUGUGGGAACGACUCCUCCGCAUCAAUCUGGCCAUGUUACCUGUGAGUUUCAUUGGAGCUACCAUUUGGGCCACCUCACACCUGCACCCAGAGAAGCAAGGGUGGCAACGUGCCAAUCACAUUUUCGUGCCAUUAUCCAUUGGUCUGUGGGGACUGGCGGAAGCCAUCUUGAGCUCUCAUUUUGUGAUCCAAAUGUCACGGUAUCAAUGGACGGAAGUACAACACAAGGGUAUGGCAGUCUUGGCUUUUGUGGCACUAUGUGAUAUUCUCUGCCUUGUACUAGCCAUUCUAUUUGGUGACUUGACAGCCAUGUGCCUGUGGGGUUUGCUCUAUUCUGUACGAGUUCGACUGGAAGUAAGAGUCAUGAACUCUAUGAUUGAAUAUAUUCAAGCCAAACGAGCUGCUACCAUGUACAAAGGGAGAAGCAAUCGUCGACGCCGAAGAAAGAAAAGGAACAAUUCAGAAAGUGGUCUCGAUUUCGAUUGUGAUGACGGGGACUCUGAUGCCGGUUCAGUAUCCUCAAGAGGAAGUAUAUUUUCUCGCAUGCCCAACAUGGUGAUCCAUCCCAACGAUUUGACCCAACUUUUCAAAGCCAACUUUUUCAAUGAUGUAUUGACAGGAGGACGUACCGGUUUCGCCAGGUCCCUCCAAUCAUUGGCAUCAUUCGCCAAGAAGUCGCGGCAUGGUGGCAAGAGUGCUGAUGUAUGCCCAAAAUGCAGCAGGCGCAUGAUGUCAGAUGAGUUGACUCUUGGGAGUUUCCGAAGCAAUCGCAGCUUCACCUUCAAAAAUGUCCUGAGCGGUGAUGUUGGUUACUGUUGUUGUGAAGAUGAUAUCCAGGAUAGGGCAAACACUGAAAACACGGUGCGAGAUUCGGGUACAUCGUCUUUCUUGUUUGUUUCACCUCCACCAGUUCGUGAAAUUAGGCUUGGUUCUACUACAUUGAAUGACAACAUUGAUUCGUCGUCAAACCACAUCAGUGACAUGGGCAACUCUAAUUCUCGUGCGCUCGAUUACUCGGGUUACUCCCAACAACGCGGUCAUCGAGUGGUGCGGUCAUUGAACAUGACGAGUGAAAGCCACCAGGAAGCCAAUGAAGAAGAAGAAGACGAGGAAGAAACCUUGAAAAGCCACAGCGACAACAACAUCAACGAUGGGAAGGUUGAUGAUAGGGACAAUGACAGUACCCGAGGAUCCUUUGUUCUUCGCUUUAGCGGUGAAGUGGUGGACUUGUCUGAUUUUGUCCUGUCAUCGGAUGAGGACGACAGUGAUUCUUCUUCCUCAGAUGAAGAUACCAGUCCAGAUUCACACGUGGCUAUCGAACCUUUAGAACCUCCAGCUUCCAUUUCCAAUAGUCAUCAAAAGGAACAAUCAGCCAUACAGUCAUCGCAAGAGGAUGACGGAGAGCAACGCAAUGACAAUGUGGCAGUCGAGCCACUUGUUGUUGGGGAGGGUGGCAACGUGGAUCAAGUCGCUGAAGCAAAAGAAGAUACAACCACAAAUCAGGAUGUUGGCACCCCUUUGGACAUCGAGCAUGGAGUGGCGGAAUUACCUCGUUCCGGCAGGACGGGUCACCCAAAUUUGCGCCAUCUAUCUUCGUUCAACAAACAGGAUAGCACAUGCACGCUUGAUGGCUCCACUCGAGAGCAACUCAAGCAACUCCGUGACUUGGAUUGCUUGUAGCUGUAUAGGAAAACACGAGUACUUGCUGGGCCUGGUUUGUUGGCAAUCAAAAGAAGAUAAGACGACAAUACGCUGUCUAGGUCGAGCAUGAUCUGGAUGCCUUUGCUUCGAGCCGGAGUCGUUUCCGAUCCCAAAGCCGUGACCGGGCGGGGCUCUGGCUCGACGACUGCUGCUUUUCGAAACAUGGACAACAGUCUCGUGUUUUGAAAAGUCCAGGUCCUUCAGCACGGUACCGUAUCCUCACUCUCGACGAGACUGCUGCGAAGACGAUGAAAGCAGCAAAAGAAAGGGUUGCUACAGAUCAGUGGUUAAAGCUUGCUGAUUUCACCGCCAUCUCUCAAGCGGCCAACCGCGACCGCCACAAGCAAUGGCGCAUCUCCACUGGAAUGAUGGAUCAUCCGUAACCUCUAUUCCUGAAGCCAGAUGUAUUCUGGAGACUCGAGCGAACGGUCCGCAAGAACUCCGAAACUGUAGAAGUUUGUUCAAAACUACAAGACUCGAUUAGUUGGUUUGCAAAUCAGUCAGGAUAUCGGCGUACAAGCCUCGUCGCCUCGGCGACUGCUCAUCAUUCAGUAUCGGUGCCAACGGAAUCGAAGCAGCGUGUUCAGCAUGGUACCCGCUGUUUAAUAGUCAUUGUGGAGUGCUAGGAUCUUCGCCGUGGGAGUCGGACUUGUCGUCGUUCGGCCCUGGUUACCCCUCAGCAACAACGAAUACUAGCUACCUCUAGCUGAUAAAGCGCACCAGAAAUACAUAGAUUAGGGGAAGCAACUCUAUUCAUAGCUCUAUUCAUCAUGAUCUGUGGUUGGGCUAGCUAGUUGCCAGUUGUAUUUAAACCAGGAGACCGGGUACGAAUUCUGCGGAAACCAUUUCCUUCAGAUUCUGUAGGAAACUGCUUCUUU